GCUAAAAGUUUCUUGUCGCGUUUAGGGUUUAGUGUUAGCCUUAUGUGUACAUGUUUGCUUAUAAAUGCAAGAUACGUGUCCUGACGAAUCGACGACGGUACCUUUUUGAACACCUUCAUAUUGCCUCACGGUGACGUUUUUUUUUCCACUACGAAAAGAGAAAUUUGACUUCCGGGUCCGCUAAGUUUUCAGUUUCGCGGGUAGGCACGAAAAAGCCAGUGUUGGAUGUUUUUAUAGAAUAUGUCUCCGUCCCUUUGUAACCGAUUUUCACUUUCUGUAAACUUUUGUUGACUUUGAAUAAGAGUUUUAAACCAACAGUGUCUUGCGGCAGAACAAUAAAGUCACCACAGUGCGACAUUGAGACAUGUCGCUGCUGUCCGUAGUUGAGCAAGCUAUCAAGUCUUGCAAAGCUGAACAAGCCAAGAUUGAUGACAGUAUUCAACUCUACAGAGAACUAUUACAGACCUUAACGCCACAACCUCAGACGGGCUCUGGUGAAUCAAAAUGUGCAGAUGAUGCUGCUACAGACACAGUUACCUCACCAGAGGAGAAAGAGGAUAUGGAAUUGCUUGAGCGAGCCCUGGAGAAAGCCCUUCGGGUUCGCACUGGCGCAGGACAAUUUGCACAUCGAAAGGAACCUGGCAUUACAGCUGUCACAUCCAAAGAGGGAAUGCAGGCAUCUGGAGCAUCCAAAGGAAAUCAAAUGACCAUUAGAUUAACCUCCAAAUCUGCCAGUCUUGACAGAAAAGAGCACAAAAAAUCCACUGGAAUUGCACAUCACCAAGCUGCAAGGAAAUCACAGCAGGCUGUCUCAGCGUCUGGCUCUCUUGAUCGGGGUCAGUUACACACCUCAACUCUCCACUCUAAAAACAAGACUAUAAGAAGCAACAUGCUCAUUGGAAAUGACCUGGGCAAAGCUGCAGCCAUCCCAACUCCUUCAAAUAACACAGUGCCUGUUUCACAUACGGAGGCCGAAGCUCACAGUUUACCUCAACAGAAUGGGAAUGCUUCCGAUCAAACAGCAAAAUGGAAAUCUCUAAGGAGCAAGCAAAACAGGUUAUGGGACAAAGUCAUUGCCCUACAAAGGAAACCUGUGCCUGGGAGGAGUCACUUCAUGGAGAGAAUGAGAGCUACGUUCCCCAGGGAUUGGCCAUGUGGUUGCCCGGAUCAGACCAGGGCUCUGGUCGACAGACUGACUCACCAAGGACAUGACCUCACCCAGCAGUGCCAGACAAAGGAGCUUCUGGCCAAACGGGCGACAGCAGCAGCCGCAGAGCUGGGUGUUAAGGUAAACAAGUAUGACUCAUGUCUGACACUUGAAAGGUCACCGAUGACAGCAGUACAGUUACAGAACUUUGCACACCAAGUGAAACAAGAGUGGGAAGCAUGGGAUCGAUGGAGGCCAGAGGGAGGUUGUCUUUGCCCCACUGGGGUUAGUGGUGUGUGGGGAGAUGGGAUGAUUGCACCCUUGCCCCCGACUAUAACCUACACCACAGAGGCAGAGCUCAGGCAGCUGGAGAAGCUGAGGAUGAGUGUGGCGCUGCUGCAACAGGAGAUUGACAUCGAGCAGGCUCUGUUGGACACUCUGUCCCCUCAGCUUUCAUCUAUAGUACCUGGGCCCGGAUGUCCUAACAUCAGCCUGCUGAGAGACAUGUACUCCCUGCUUGGUGAAGGAGGGGAGCGUUUCCCCGCUAUAGUCCUAGACUCUGAGCCCGACUGACUACAGAGAAUAUCACACUGACUUACUAUUUCAUGAAACCCAGUCCACCUCUUCUUUACACAUAAAAGAAAUAAGAUACGACCUCUCAGUAUAAGGCAUUCCAGUGCAACACCGGUAAAAUCGCACUGUCAGUAACACUACAACAUAAAGCUCAAAGGAAUAAAAAAAAAACAACAGACUUUUUCACAGCAGACAUUUUGACCUGUCACAGUAAGAAAAGCACAGGUGUAACUAAUGACACUAAUGAUGGCUCUGAUAUAUUUCAGAGUCCCAGUGAGUGUGACAGUGAGCCAGCAUGCACAAUGCGAGGGCCCUAAAAUCAAAGCAGCUAAAUGGAAUUAAGUCAUCAUUAAUGUCAUUAUUUACACCUGUGCUUUCCCUGCUGUUGCAUCUCAACAUAUCCUAUUCCAAGACUAUUAUGUUGCUUUAGACUGAGCAGUCAAGAAUUGAGGUGAUUAUUUUGAAGAAUUUAUGUUUUUUAAUGUGCUGUGAUUAUUCAGUGUCUGAUGCCAAACAGUAAUGUAAGACUGGGAAAAAAGAUUGUGGUUGUUUAUUGUUUUUUUUUUUGUUUUACUGUGAAGUGCUGUUAAGAGGAUGAUCUUUACCAAUAAAUAUUCCUUAUUUCAACAAG